AUGAAGCUGCUCCUGAGCCUCCUGCCAUCCCUCUUCUAUGCUGCUACAAAGCCGGCCCCGCUUCGCCCCCGGCCGGACGGGCGCGCGUGUCCCCUGGGACAGUUCCCCUGCGGCAACCUCUCCGCCUGCUUACCCCAGGCCCUGCACUGCAACGGCGUGGAGGACUGCGGCAACGGCGCUGACGAAGAAAACUGCGUGGACGACAGCGGCUGGCUGCAGAUCCUGGGGGACAUGCUGGCCGCGAGGAGCAGCAGAGCGACGGCGGACGCGGAGGCGGGCGCCUGCCGGCUGGAGCUCGUCCCGGAGCGGUGCCGCUGCUGGGGAAGCACGGUGGACUGCACGGCGCGGGACCUCGGCGCCGUCCCACUGGCCUCCUCCAACGUGACGAAGAUGGACCUGAAGAAAAAUAAAAUUUGCUUUCUGCGGGAUAACCAGUUUUCCACAUACAAGAGCCUGGAGAAACUCUUUUUGCAGAACAACAAGAUCCAGUCAAUCUCACCCAAGGCCUUUGCUGGGCUUUUCCAUCUUAAAAUGCUGUUCCUCAGCCACAACAGGAUCGCCCAGCUGAAGCCCCGGGUUUUUGAGGACCUCGGUCGCCUCGAGUGGCUGAUGCUGGACAACAACCGGAUCGCCCAGGUGGCCCCAGCCGCCUUCGCGGGGCUGCGAUCGCUCUACUUCCUGUACAUGCUGAACAACUCGCUGACAAGGAUGCCGAGCGCCUCCCUGUGCGCGGAGGUGCCCAAGCUCAGCUGGCUGGAGCUGGAGGGCAACGGGAUCCGGGCGGUGCGCAGGGCCGCGUUCCAGGAGUGCCGCCACUUCACGGUGCUGAUUCUGCGCAGGAACAAGAUCAGGUGGAUCCAGGACAGGACGUUCUCUAAGCUGAACAGGCUGGUGGAGCUAGACCUCUCGGCCAACAGCCUGGGUGAGCUGCCACCAUCCUUAUUCCAGGGCCUGGUGGGCCUCCAGCAGCUGAAUAUUUCCUACAACCCCUUGAAACAGAUCUUCCCCGGCCAGUUUGAAAGCCUGCCCCAGCUGCGGUCCCUGAGCUUGGAAGGGCUGGAGAUCCCCAACAUCCACAACGUGACCUUGCAGAAGCUCACCAACCUCUCCCACAUCUACUUCAAGAAGUUCCAGUACUGCAGCUAUGUGCCCCACGUGCGCAGCUGCAAGCCCAACACAGACGGCAUCUCCUCGUUCGAGAACCUCCUCGCCAACAUCAUCCUGCGGGUCUUCGUCUGGGUCAUCGCCUGCAUAACUUGCUUCGGGAACCUCUUUGUCAUCUGCAUGCGGUCCUUCGUCAUCACAGAGAACAGCCAGCACACCAUGGCCAUCAAGUCCCUGUGCUGUGCAGACUGCCUCAUGGGCGUCUAUCUUUUCGUCAUUGGAGCCUUUGACCUCAAGUACUCGGGCGAAUACAACAAGCACGCCCAGGUGUGGAUGGCCAGCCUCCAGUGCCAGCUUGUGGGCAGCCUGGCCAUGCUGUCCUCUGAGGUGUCAGUCUUGCUGCUGGCAUAUGUGACCCUGGAGAAAUACUUCUCCAUUGUUUUCCCGUUCAGCCACUACAGAGCUGGCAAGAAACAGACCAUCUCUAUGCUGGUAAUGAUCUGGCUCCUGGGCUUCUCCCUCAGCAUCAUCCCCUUGUGGUGCAAGGACUCCUUUGGAAACUACUAUGGGAGGAAUGGCGUGUGUUUCCCGCUGCAGUCUGACGCGAGCGAGAGGCCCAGCGCCAGGGGCUACUCCACCGGGAUCUACCUGGGUUUGAAUCUCGUGGCAUUCAUCACCAUAGUCUUUGCCUACACCAGCAUGUUUUACUCCAUCCACAUCACUGCAUCCAAAACUGCAGAAAGAAGUGUCUGCUCCCGGGAAGUUGCCAUUGCAAAACGGUUCUUCUUCAUUGUAUUCACUGAUGCUCUCUGCUGGAUACCCAUCUUUCUCCUCAAGCUGCUUUCCCUGCUGCAGGUGGAAAUACCAGGCACCAUCACCUCUUGGGUGGUCAUUUUCAUCCUGCCCAUCAACAGUGCCCUGAAUCCCAUCCUCUACACCAUCACUACCACCUCCUUCCAGGAAAAGAUAAAGGGACGUUUGCAGACAAAGCAGUUGGUGCUGCAGGAGUCCCGGAAGAGUUUUACCCUGGUGAUGACACAGGCCAGCAGUGCCUGA